UGAUUUCGUCACUUUAUAACAAUUGUUCUCACCGCAUGACAAUACGUCAAUUGUUUUAUUAUUGUUAGAACUUAAUUAUCUUGGAACACUUCCGUGAUCUCGGACUUGCAAACUUCUUAUCAAAUGACCGUAAGAGAAAUCAAAAACGAGGCUAUUAUCGGUAUUUGAAAAGUUCGCGAGUAUCAAGUGAUAAACGCGACACAGCACGACUGUCGAAAGUGACAAUACGUUAAUAGACUGAAAGCUGAUGAUGGAAUCCGCCGAGUUUUCGCAUGCUUUCGAAAUAAAAAUAUUGAUUUUAUACGUUAAACGGCUAGAUUGACACUCACAUGCCCUUUAUUCUCUUUUUAUCGGUAUUUUCGAAAUAAAUCUGGAGACAAGUUUCCUGGUGAGUGCAUCCUCACAUACAUGGAGUUUCAGUUGGAUAGCGCAGAAUACUGCCAGGCUCAACACAAAUAGAGAGACACGCCCAUACUCCCUGACAAUUAUUAGACAUCGUUAAGGUAAAGAGAGGAAGGCUAGAAACACCUUGGAGAAAGAAAGAAAGAUAUUAAAGUAGUAGAGAAUUAUCAUCGGGGAAGCCAGAAAAAUCAUCAACUAGUCAUCUUGCAAGACAUAGAAGAAUUUAAUAGAAAUUAUUAAUUUACCUUAGUAGAUGCAAGCAUCGUAGAUACUGAGCGCACCUGUGCUACAGGAGCACCCAGUGCCAAAUAGGUAAUCUUCCGUGAAUUAUAGUCAAAAAAUUUUAAGUGGGAAGAAUAAAGCGCAUAUCAACACCGCCUAAUGUAACGUAGCCCUUACUUUUUCGGCGAAGUUCGCAUCCCGACGAUCCUUUCUAAAUUCUACAUGUAAACCCACGGUUCUGUCCUCUGUAAAAAAAUAAUAUAUUCUAUUAGUUAAAUGAAAAACAACUUUAUAAGACUGACAUUUAAUGGGCUAAGUUGUCAAAUCCAGCCUUUGUCGCUUCGUAUAGUGUGGCACACGUACGAGAUCUUUAAGAGUUAAAAACAAUAAGAGAGGAUAGAUUUAUAACCAUCUCUGUGGUUAAGAAGGAAAUGAGCAACAUGAGGGUGAAGGAUAUCAGACCGGCGCCCGCCGAGAUUGAAUACAAAAACAUGAAGUUCCUCAUUACUGAUCGGCCCAAUGAUCAAACCAUCCAUACCUUUAUUCAAGAACUGAAAAAGCACAAUGUAAAGGAGGUGGUAAGAGUUUGCGAACCAACGUACAAAGUAGAGGAACUGAAAUCAGAAGGGAUCAAUGUGAUAGAUUUGGUAUUCGACGACGGUACAUUUCCACCAAACGAGGUGGUAGAUGAAUGGUUCGAGUUGCUAAAAAACCGAUUCCGAGAAUCACCUGAUGCAUGUGUGGCGGUGCAUUGUGUCGCGGGUCUUGGUAGAGCACCGGUCUUGGUUGCGAUAGCUCUCAUUGAACUUGGGCUCAAGUUCGAAGAUGCUGUUGCCCUUAUCAGAGAAAAAAGACGAGGCGCCAUAAACGCGAAGCAGUUAACUUUUCUUGAAAAGUAUCGUCCUAAAUCUCGAUUGAAGCUCAAGAAUGGACAAAAAAAUUCCUGCUGCAUUCAAUAGAUCAAAGAACACUUUAGAAAAGGAGAAGAUGGGGAAAAAAAAUCACUAAUUCAUACUGAUUGGUAUAAAUGUGUAGAAUUUUGCGCCUGACAACAAGUGGCAUAUUGUAGCAAAUCUGUUCUGAAUGGUCUAUCACUGGAAAUGCAACGUUGCUUGAUAACUAUCAAUCAACUUUGAAACAUAUUUUGCUUUACCUAAUUUUAUAUUUCGGGAUGAGUCAUUAUAUAACACGAAAGAACACGAUUCAAAAUUGUUGCUAUUUCCGUUUAUGAAGAUAAAUUAUAUGUUAUUUUUGAUACUUGAUCAAUAUUGACCAUUGAAGAACAAAAAUUAAAUCUUGAAAUGGUAAUAAUUAUUUUUAAAAAUCUAUUAAUUAUAUUAUUACCAUUUAACCUUACUUUGUAAAUCGUGACGUAAAAGUUGUUCAUACAUACAUGUACAAACUCGUACGU